CCCGUUUAGACUAACGGCAGAUCAGAGAGAACAGAGCAGAUUUUAAACCCAUCUGUUGACGUGAUACCGUCUCACGUAAGAGGAAGCACGCCGGACAGGGUUGCAAGUGUUGGUAAAAUCCUGCUCAAAUCUGGGGGCGGAGAAGAAAAGUUCAUUGACACCGGUAACCUACAGAAAAAUUCCGAAAAUAAGACAAACAAUCAUAGCCAAGAUCUGACCGUGUCCACUAGAGCGUUUGUAUACGCUAUCACGUCAGCUAAUGAGGCUGCGGAGGCGUCAGCAAUGGAGAUGCAAAGAAACGCAGACGACACUGACGGAAACUCAUCACGUGACGAUGAGGACGAGAAAAACAGGGUAUUCUGGCCAAAAUGUUUACUUCUGAUGCUAGCGGUUAUGAUGUUAAUAGCUGGCAUUGUUGCAGUGAUUGUUGUCGUUGAUAAAGAUGAACCGGAACCAAGGGGUAAAGUUAUACCUGAUCCAAUAACACAUGAGGAGUGUAAGAGUAGAUCAUUUUACCUUGGAGACAAAUUGAACUUCACGUGUAUCUUUGACGUCACACACGAGUACAGAAAAAUACUGACGAAAGCGAAAAAGGUUGAAGUUAUACCGCAAAACAAGGUAAAUGUUCUAGCCAACAACUUAUUUACGUAUUCAAUGAAAAUAACUAACGACGUUUCAAGUCGUUACGAAAUAACUAUCACAAAUGGAUCACGUGCUAAAUGUAGUUCAAAUGGAACAUAUGACGUCAUAUUCAAAGAUGAAAAUGACGAAGCUAUACACUCGGCAAAUGUUAGAUUCGCAAUAAAAGAAGCAACCCUGAAAACAACAAUGACACAGAAAGUGUUAACAGGCUCCAGAUGUAUGCAGACAGACUCCGGUGAUUUGGUGACAGAAUUUGAGGUCACGUGUAAUCUACACAAUGGUUGUAACAACUAUCACACAACAAUAUACAGAAGAACAAAAUCAGGAUCAGAAGAAAGCUUGAUUCAGUAUUUAAAAUGUGAAAGAAAUUUUACCGACACCGACGGUCACAUGAUGAGCUGCUCAGCGUCUUUGCCGGACAUCUUUGUAGAAAACUUCGUAUACCUCGGCUGCAAAGUGGAGACGCGGCUGCCGAAUAACAAACUGUUGAAGUUGAACGCACCCUUUACAUUACCAGAGUGUGGCAUUGACUCAAAAUGUGACAACAAACAACCAAAUUCUGAGCGAUUCGACUGUUCAAAGACAUCAAAAGAUUUUCAAAAUCUUCUUCAAGCGAAAUGUGACGCAAAGAAAUUGAAAAACUGUCUAAAACCCGGACGCACGGUUUUUAGCUUGAAUAAAGAUCGGUACGAGAAUUUAACAUGUUCCGAAGAUAAUGUAGUUCCCGUAUGUAGACUAUCGUGGUGCGCAAACUACAGAACAAUAAUAACAAAAAACGAGAUUCCAGGCGAGGAAAUUUGCAAAGAAAAUUUUAAUGAACCAUACGUUUCGCCUACAACUACAGUGUCAACUUCAACAUCGACUUCAAGUUCAUCUACAUCUUCAACUAUAACUUCAACAACACCUGCAACUAUAACUUCAACAACAACUUCAACUAAAACUUCAACAACAACUUCAACUAAAACUUCAACAACAACUUCAACUAUAUCUUCAAUAACACCUUCAACUAUAACUUCAACAACAUCUUCUUCAACUACACCUUCACAAACAUCUUCGACUUUAACUUCGUCUUCGAGUUCAAAAACUGUUACACGUCCAACUACAUCAAAAUAGAAAUAAACUCACGUUCAGACUUAAUGUAUGUGAAUGAAAAUGUUCUGACCUUUUAUUUCGGAUAUUAUUUUCAUGGACAGAUAAUCCAAGACAAUUAUCUAGAAAAGAUUGCACAAAUUAUCUUCCUUGCCGCAAUCUAUUACUAUUCUGUUUCUUGUGUUACGUUCAAGGGAGUCUGAGUGAUGUAAAGGUGUGCUACAAGUAACCAGUGUGUAAGGAGUUGUAAUGCUUUAUGAAAAUCAUGAUCAAAUUUAAGACCAUGAGUUAAGAGAGCAAUACAAUAUUCAUGGAACCAUAGAUAGUGUUCAGUUAGCAAGUCUCAGUGUCUUAUUUUGUUGAAUUCAGUGAGCAAUUUUAUUGAAGAGUUUAUAACUUAAAUAACAAUUAUCACGGUGAUGAAAGCGUAUGGUAUGGUGGAUGAUUUGUGCAAUGUCGUACUUUAGCUCCGCAGGGCGCAAGGCGAAAACACGAAAAUAAGACAAAGUCAUUACUUUGUCGUACUUUCGCUCCGCGGAGUGCAAGCCGAAAACACGAAUAAUAUGACAAUGUUACCACUUUGUUUUAUUCACGUGUCUUCGCCUGGAUCCCCGCGACAUGACACAAGUCAGCCACCAUAGUAUGGUGUUCGUUACUUAACAUACAGUACUUGAUGUAUAAUUAAUGAUGUUUAUCGCUCAAGUUAUCAUUGAGCAAUGCUUAUAUAUUUAGGUGUUUGGUUGCUUCAACGAUAUGAAUUUCUGUUAUUCUGUGAAGUAAUAAAUAAUAAAUAACAACAAAGAAAG